AUGUAUAACCACUCCAGGUCAAUCAUGGCGUUAUUGAUGAUGCUGGCUCUUUUAAGCAGUACUGGUAAUAGUAACAAAAGUAGUGAAGCAGAAUGCAAAAAGGAGAGAAGACUUGGGAUGAUAGCUUGUAAACCGCUUGCUCAUGGUUACCUUCCGUCGCCUGAAUGUUGCGAGCGUAUGAGAAAUACGAAUCCUGAAUGCGUCUGCCCCUUGAUUACGCCGGAAAUGGCUGCCAAAGUUGACAUCCAAAGUGCUUUGAGGAUAGCUGAAUCUUGCGGCAUCACCGUUCCUCGCCCCUUUCAAUGUGGAAGUCUGGUGAUACCUAAUGAAUGGAGUCCCUUGUAUAGAUUGAAAACUUUGUUCUCCAACAAAAGAUGGUUUAUGGAUUUGCUUAUGAAGUUGUUUGCAUGA